CCGCUUCUCUCCGGGAGGCCGGUACCAGGCGGGUCGGGCCGCGGCCCCUUUAAGCGCUGGCCCCACCCCCAGCCCGUUCCGCGCCGCACUCCAGCCGCGGCGCCAUCAUGAUCUGCUUGGUGCUGACCAUCUUCGCCAACUUGUUCCCGGCGGGCCGCGCCGGCGUCCAGGAGCGCACCUUCCUGGCCGUGAAGCCCGACGGCGUGCAGCGGCGGCUCGUGGGCGAGAUCGUGCAGCGCUUCGAGAGGAAGGGCUUCCAGCUGGUGGCCCUGAAGCUGGUGCAGGCCUCGGAGGAGCUGCUGCGCGAGCACUACGCGGAGCUCCGGGAGCGCCCCUUCUUCGGCCGCCUGGUCCGGUACAUGGGCUCGGGGCCCGUGGUGGCCAUGGUGUGGCAGGGGCUGGACGUCGUGCGCAUCUCACGGGCGCUGAUUGGGGCCACGGAUCCAGCAGAUGCCCCACCCGGCACCAUCCGAGGAGAUUUCUGCAUCGAAGUUGGCAAGAACGUGAUUCACGGCAGCGACUCCGUGGAGAGUGCCCGCCGGGAGAUCGCGCUCUGGUUCAGCCCCAAAGAGCUGCUCUGCUGGGAGGACAGCGCCGCGCACUGGCUGUAUGAGUAGCCGCAGGGGACCCGAGGCUGAGCGCCCUGGACCAGUGUGGGUGACUUAGCAACCUCCAGGCCCCGGAGGCGGUGUUGACAGCACCCCUUCAGACCUCCCAGACCACAGGCGGGUCUGCCCAAGCAUUGGCGCGCGCUGUUUAAUGCGCCUGGAAACGCACCAGAGCGGUGGCCUGGCGCUUGGCUUGGUCCAGCAUUUCUUUUUAUAAUAAACUAAAGAAAACC